CCCGGGAGCACGGCAGCGCCUAUAAGGACGCGGCGCCGCAGCCCUCCGGGAUUUUUUGGUCUGGGGCCACCGGGGUCGCGGGGGGGGACCGGGAGCGGCGGGGAGCGCCGGCCGCCCUGCAUGGCCAGGGAUUAUGAGCGCCGGUGAGUUGCAGCAGGCGCAGCCCAGAGCCUCGGCCCCGGCGGCCGCCCCCGCGCCCCCGCAGCCCCGCAGCGCCCAGGAAGCCCCCGACAUGGCGGUGUACUGCAGCGAGAACUUCAGCGUCUACCCCCAGCCCAGUCUCCACCCGCCCGGCGCCGCUGCCGCCGCCGCCGCUGCCGCCGCAGCCGCCGCAGCCGCCGCCGCCUCCUCGGGGCAGCGGGCGGGCGGGUACGCGCUGGGGGACUAUGGGGCGCCCGCCAACGCCGGCUACUUGUGGGGCAUGAACAGCCCCGCGCCCUACCUGCAGGGCCCGCCCGGCUCCGCCGCCGCCGCAGCCCCCUUCCUGCCGCCGGCCUCGUACGGCUGCUCGCGGGGCGGGCAGCUGGUGGGCUCUCCCUCGGCGCCCGGCUCGCCGUCGGCGGGCGGCGCGGAGCUGAGCUGGCUGAGCCUGGCCAGCCAGGAGGAGCUGCUGAAGCUGGUGCGGCCACCCUACUCGUACUCGGCGCUGAUCGCCAUGGCCAUCCAGAGCGCCCCCGAGAGGAAGCUCACCCUCAGCCACAUCUACCAGUACGUGGCCGAGAACUUCCCCUUCUACAAGCGCAGCAAGGCGGGCUGGCAGAACAGCAUCCGCCACAACCUCAGCCUCAACGACUGCUUCCGAAAGGUUCCCCGCGACGAGGACGAUCCCGGGAAAGGGAACUACUGGACCUUAGAUCCCAACUGUGAGAAGAUGUUCGACAACGGCAACUUCCGCCGCAAGCGCAAGCGGCGCUCCGAGCCCGGCGCCCCUGCCGCCACCUCUGCCGCCUCGUCGCUGGGCGGCCUGAAGGCCGAGGAAGAGCGAUCCGUCCCCGUCACAGGCAAGCCCUGUGGAAACAGCCCGCCCCCAGAGCUCGACCCCUCGCCCUCUGCCAGGGACCAUCCAAAAAGCUCCUCUCCCUCCGGUAUCAUUUCAUCCACCCCUAGCUGCCUCAGCACCUUCUUCAGCGGCAUGAGCUCCCUGAGCAGCGGAAGCAGCCGCCUGACAGGGGGUCUUGGCAGUGACCUGCACCACAGGAACUUCUCUGCUGGACAGCUGAGCAGUGGCACUUUCACCCCUUCCAGCAGCUCUUCUCAGGAGAUGCCCUCACCAGAGCAGCUGCAGCGGGUGGCAGGACCCUCCCCUGCCUACUACAGCUCCUUCCAUCCCAGCAGCAGCAGCCAGGGAGCCCAGUACAACCACUACUACAACUUCACGGUGAACAGCCUCAUCUACACCCGGGAUGGCACGGAGGUGUAGGGUGCUGCAGAGGGAAUGGGAGUUGCAGGUGCAGCACAGAGGGCCUUUUGCAAACAGCAUUUCAAUGUGGACGCUCCCCAGGAGUUCUUCCAGGACAGAUUUUCUCGCCUUCCAGAAUCAGAAGCCAGCAGAGGCAGCAGCGAAGCCUUUUCCCCACCCUGGAAAGCGCUGCCUUGCCGUCUAAGUUCUGCAGACAGAAGCGAACUGAAUGAGUAUUCUCAGAGGUUUCUAAUCCUGAAUGUAAAAUAAGAAUUUAAAACCUGUAACUGUAAAGCAGCACCAGCAAGGGCCAGGUGUAGGCAUCCAGUGAGUCUUAGAAGAGAGCAGGACAACAAAUGAAGAGAUUUCUUAUGAAGUGCCUUGUACAAUGUGUUAAAACCUCUUCUGCCACAGGUGCCUCUGUAAGCCCCUUGCUCCCCACCCUGCUCCAGGGGGCUCUCUGGGUGAACACCCAGCCGAGGCCUCCUGGAGGCUGGCUCUGGCCGUCCCGUGCGGGGCACACUGUGCAGCCUCGUGAAGCAAUGCCUUGCCCCGAGCUUAGUACCAAAGAUAACUCCAGCCACGCAGCUUUAGCACGAGAGCAGACACUGGGCUAUUUUUAUACAGGUUUGUACCUAAGGUAACUCCUCUGUACAUAUGUUUCUAUGUGGUUUUAUAUUUGUAAAUUAUGCUCUGGAGCUGUACUUAUUUAUGAUGUGUUUUGAACUUGGUUAAAAGUUUAUUUCACUUCCUUUCCUCCUUCGUUUUGUUUUAUUUGGUUGGAGUUUUGGGUUUUGUUCCCUUAAUGUAUUCAUGAAACUUUUCAGGCCGAACAGCUGUUGGGAAUAAAAUGUUUGAGAGUUGUUA